AUGGGUGCGGUGGCCGAGUUCAACAGUUGGCUUAGCUCCAAGCUGCGUGCUUCGAAGGCGGAUGUGAGCGUAUUCGGUUCCUACAUUACCGGUAUCCUGGAGGGCGAUGAAAACAACGAGGAAAAAGUGGAAGCUUUGGAGGGCAUCCUUAGCGCAAUUAUUGAAACCGAUCUGGAUCCAUUCAUCAAAGAGAUACUGGACAAGUGGAAAACUUGCCACAGCCAAGAAGCAGAAUCUUCCAAACCCAAGCUGGAUGUUGAGGUUCAGCUAGCGAAAUUGUUGGAAGGACAAAAGCUAGCGACAAAAGUGGAACGAGAAUACACUGAGGAGGAACGACGGAUCAAGGAACAGAUUCUGUCGCAAUACAGCCAGCUCUCUGAAAGUGAACCAGACGAAGAAGACGAAGAAGGAGGAGGCGGAGGUGCCACCAGUUCCGAUCCAAAGCUGGUGAAAAACACCAACUUUGCUGAUGUGCAAGCACUCGCGCGCGAAAAACGCGAGCAGGCCAAACUAGAAAGCCAACUGAAAAAGGAAAAGGAUAAGCAGGACCGAGAAAAGCAACGUCAGUUACGGGAGGAAAAGAAAGAAAAACGGAAGACCGUCAAAGGCGAACGACGACGGUAGCGC